GAGGCGCCCGGCUCCUGCUCGCUCUGCCCCGGCGCUACGGGCUGCACCGAGCGCCCCACGCCCGGGACCUGGUGGGGGGCAGUGGUGCCGCCCCGGCCCCUCUGCUCUGCCUGGGACCCUGUGGGCAGCGGCGGAGCCCGGCCCGGCCCGUUGAGGAGCCUGGGCGAGGCGCUAAGUGCUGCCCCCUUCUCCCCGCCAGACUUUGCAACUCCCCUGCAAAGUGGCGGAGCCCGCUCGCUCAGGGCAGCCCGGCAGGGUCCCGCGCGGCGGUGGCGAAGCCCCGCACUUGGGGGGUGCGGGGUAUUGGGCUGUUUGAUUUCGUUUUAGCUGAAGGUGAGCGCUCACCCCCUGGCUCGUAGCCUCCUCCAGCGCCUCGCCUCGCCUCGCCCCUCCCUGGGAUGGUGACACUGCAGGGCUGGCAAACAAACUUACAUAAUGACUGCCUGGGCCAGAUCACUCCAGGCUCAGCGCUACACAUUUCCAGGAGCCACUCCGACGGCAUCUGCUCGGAGGAAAGCGCUGGCUUCUCGUGCCCGGUGGGCCUGGCCUGGGCUAACGUGCUGGCUUCAGUGGUCCAUUUCCAAGCCACGGAUCCGCUUUCGAGCCAUCUCUCUCUCUGGUGCCGGGGCGCCUCCGUUUACAUGGCGUGAUCUUAAUUCCUUCGGAUGUAGAGGCGCGGGUGCUUACGCUUAGGGGGUCUCUGGGAGGCUAGAUCGGCCUCGUUCAACGCCCCCUGGCCUGAGGGGUUAGGACACUUUGCAAUGAGGACCCGGUCCUGUCGGGAAAGAAAGGCCUCUUUGGAAACCUCCUGUAAACGUAUCUGUGCCAUUCGCCUUAUUCCAAGCUGCUAACUCAACCGGAUGUAUUUAAUUUCCACACAGAACUAGAGGGGCUCCCAUCUGUCCAGUGCAACAGGGAGCGGUGAGUCUCUUCUGCGCCCGGAUUUUCUGCUAUCGCCUGGAAGAACCAAUUUUGUGACUUCGAGAAAUUGUAGACAGACUUUUAUAUAUAUAUAUAUAUAUAUAUAUAAAUUGGGGAAAAUCCUUCCAGCUUUUAGCAUGAUGUCUUACCUCAAACAGCCCCCCUAUGGCAUGAAUGGGCUGGGGCUGACCGGACCGGCUAUGGACUUACUGCACCCCUCCGUGGGCUAUCCGGCCACCCCUCGGAAGCAGCGGCGGGAGCGCACCACCUUCACCCGCUCGCAACUAGAUGUGCUGGAGGCGCUCUUCGCCAAGACCCGCUACCCGGACAUCUUCAUGCGAGAGGAGGUGGCGCUGAAGAUCAACCUGCCCGAGUCCAGAGUCCAGGUCUGGUUCAAGAACCGUCGGGCCAAGUGCCGGCAGCAGCAGCAGAGCGGCGGCGGGGCCAAGAGCCGGCCGGCCAAGAAGAAGCCGUCCCCGGCGCGGGAGAGCUCGGGCUCGGAGAGCAGCGGCCAGUUCACGCCCCCCGCCGUCUCCAGCUCCGGCUCGUCCUCCUCCUCCAGCUCCAGCUCCUCCGGCAGCGCGGCGGCGGCGCUGGGCAACCCCGCGGCGGCGACCGCCUCCAUCAGCGCCCCGGCCUCGUCCAUCUGGAGCCCGGCCUCCAUCUCCCCGGGCGCCGCGCCCUCGGCCGUGUCGGUGCCGGAGCCGCUGCCGCCCGGCGGCGCGUCCUGCAUGCAGCGCUCGGUGGCCGGCGCCUCCUCCGCCUCCUACCCCAUGUCCUACGGCCAAGGUGGCGGCUACGGCCAGGGCUACCCGGCGGCCCCCUCCUCCUCCUACUUCGGCGGCGUGGAGUGCAGCUCCUACCUGGCGCCCAUGCACUCCCACCACCACCCGCACCAGCUCAGCCCCAUGGCGCCCUCCUCCAUGGCCGGCCACCACCACCACCCGCUGGGCCAGGGCUCCGGCCACCACCACCACCAUCACCACCACCAGGGCUACGGCAGCACGGGGCUGGCCUUCAACUCCCCCGACUGCCUGGACUACAAGGAGCCCGGCGCCGCCUCCUCCUGGAAACUCAACUUCAACUCCCCCGACUGCCUGGACUACAAGGACCAGGCCUCCUGGAGGUUCCAGGUCUUGUAGGCAGCGCCCGCCCGGCCCGGCUCGGCCCCGCUGGCCUUUUGCUACGUGAGAAACAAUGGCCUUCCUCCUGGCCCAGCGUGCGCUGACCCCCAGCCUCGGGCUGGCCCCGCUGCUCCCUGCUCCGGAGCUGCCGUCGGUGUGUUUCACUCCCGGGCAGGACUGGGUCUCCAUUUCCCAUGGUCAUCACUAGUAAUCAUUCAUCAUCCCCGACCAAGAGCCCCCCUGCCUCUGGCUCGGGGCUGCUGGCUGAGAUCUGCUGCUGGACCCGCCCCAGUAAUUUAUUUAUUCCGUCUCUGCACCCCGGGAUUAUUCCGUCCGGUGGGUUGAUUUAACACCAAACACACAGCCCGGAAGAGGACUUCGGUGCGCCUCCCCUCCUCGAUUUAAAAAGAAAUGCGCCUUGGACACACAGACUCCCCUCUCCCCUCUCGAGAACUCCUGGUGUCAAUGGCAAGGCAGGGAGUGGAAACCUCCUGCACACCCUGCCCGCUGCAGACCCGGUGUACCGCUGUCUUUUUACUUCGGAGAGCUCUGGGCUCUCUCUCGGUAGGACUGUACAGCCUCUUCCCGCAGCAGGAAUGGUGUCCAUAUUCGGUCCGUUCCAGGGACCAGUAUUAUUUUGAGUUGAUGUUACUGGGUUGCAAUUUUGAGUUUAACAUGCAGGAAAUUGAACUAAACAAAACUUCUCUCCUCCCCUUCCCCUUCAACAAAUCUUCGCGUCAGGAUUCCCAGCGCUGCAUCUUUCCUCUCUUCGGCGUGCUCCUGCUUCUUAGGGCUAAUCAAACCCACUCCAGGGAGAAGAGGCGGGGAGGGCAGGCGAGCUGGGAUGGUGGUUUAGGGAACAGCUGUAAUGGGAGGGAGGGGAGCUGGGAAGGUUAGGAAGAGGGGGAGGAAAGGCUUGUCCAGGGGAUCCGCAGUCCAGAUCCCGUUUACAGACCAAAAAAGAAAAGGAGAAAAAAAAAAAUAGGGGAAAAAAAGUAAAAGGAAAAAAAAAAGCUCAAAUUCCCUCCCUUUUAGCCCCCUCGGUUUGUCUAGUGAGUUUUUAGUGCAUCGGCCCUGGCCAGCCACGCCUGCGCAUCUGUCUCAACGAUGGGUUUUAACCGCUUUGUCCCUCGGUGGAAAAGGAAUUUGUAAAUUUGAUUAUUACACCGUAAUCCAACACGUACCUGUUGAAAUGUAAGGCAACUCCUCCCCCUUUAUCUACAUAGCCCUAUAAUAAAAUUCAAACUAAUGAA